CUUUAUUUCUGGAAAUCUCCAAAAGGGUCAGGGCCUGCUGCGUACGAAAUCAAUCCUCCUCCUCAAUUUCGGCUGUUGAAGCUUGGCCACGGGACAAACCCACUAUCCGCUGCGACGUGGACACCUCAUCCCGCUGCCCUUGCGCUACUGUAAAUAGUCACGCUCACUAAAAUUCAUUUGGUGCUGCGUGAUGUGAUGCCUCAGUUCAUGGUGCACGGGCAUACCGACAGGGCCAGCCAGGGAGACAAGACAAAUGAGGGAGCCAAAUGAAAGAUUUUGGACUGUAACAGAGUGAGUCUGUGAGGCUGCUGCCGACGUUUUACGGCAUCCCAAGUCUAGACUUGGCUAUUCUGUGCCUCACGAGUAUCACGGCCUCGAUCUAGAUCAUGCAUCAACGUCUUUUUGAUUGUCGAGUUCAGCUACUGUCGUCGAUUCUACACUCAAUCAAACAGAAGCACAGCCACGACGCUCUCCCGUGUUGCCAUGCAUACACACACGACGGAGACGAGACAGCUUGACAGGGAUCGACUUUCUAUCUGGAUAUGUGAUGUCAGAUGCAUCCGUCACCACCACAACCACAAUCAUUGAACCCAUCCGCCAUCGAGUUAGUGAGCAUGAGCACAAACACCUUCUGUCAAAAGUCAAUGAAUAAACCCCAGUGACGAUCCGGAUCGGAAUGUUAAUCGUCUCCCCUUUUAGUUAGGACUUGGGAGUGUCUGCCAAGACUGGAAAUCUCCGCUACCUUUUGAGACUCUUUCAUUCUCAUGCGAUGCUCGUCCUCAUUCUCUUUCUCAUUCUCAUUCCCGUGGCGCUACCAUUUCAAUUCAUCACAGCCCAACUGACUCCCUCACUUCGGAACAUUCAGUUCCGUCCUCGGCGCCAAUGACAUCAACUACAUUAGCAUUCGUUUUCUCUCCCCCCCCCCCCCCCCGAUCUCCAAAUUAACUCACCUCUCCCUACAACGGUAGCUCAAUGACGAUCUGACUUACAGUGCAGUCACUGUAUCUGCGAUCAUAAUUACCUAGCUCCAUUGGUUUGUUUACUUGGCUAUCUCUCUUGAUCAUCGCGCUACUGUUCAUCGAGCAAGAGACACUCCAUUCAUCGGCCCUGUCUUGAUCAUUAGACCAUCCUUUGUUCUUUUAGUCUGUCAAGGUUGAUGCCCAUUAAUGUCUUUCAAUCCCUUCAACGACAUCAUGACUUUCUCACCGCUUGGCGAUGGCGAUAGGGAUCCAGCAGUCGUUUCUUCAAACAGUUCUCGAGAUCUGAGAACGAAAAUACUACAGAUGCAACUUCAUCUACGUAUCCCAGUCAAUCAUUCAUUCCAAAAGGCUAGACUCUCCACAAAUGCAUGCGCCAUUCUUCAUCUGGCCCUAGCGCAAUCAGGAUGAUGCUGGUUCAGCUGAAAUGGUACGUGCCUGUAAUUUUAUCUCGACGCAUCAACCUUCAAGAUGUCGCGAUUCGACCAAUGAGAUCUCCUCUGACGUGAAUUUAUUGAAUUCCCACAUGUCUCCCUCAAUUUUUGGCUUUGCGUUGCUUUGCUUGCAGCGUGGCCGUUACCGCAAACGUCGCCUAACAAAGCAUAUUGCGGCUUCACAGAUUGGGCCUCCCAUGGCUGCGUCACCAUUACAGACUGGUCCAGAACGUUGUUUUCCGUAUGUAACUUUUCGUGAGUGUCAAGACGAGGCCUCUUGAUUGUAAAGCUCUUUGUUCAACUCAGACACAGUCACGUGUGUAUUACCGUACAGCCAUCGGCUACGAUCCCUUGGUUAUCCGUUGAAUCUGAAUGUCGGCAUUUGUGUUUCACCUUGUGGCUGUUUGCUUAAACAUUCCUGAUCUACUCUGCGUAUGGUUGCCUCAAUUGUUGCCAUGUAAAGGUGAAGCCUUGUCGUAGAGCAUCUUGGGUAACGGACCGUUGUUGAUUGAGACCGGGAAUCUGGGCUUGGAACACCAAGAGUGGCUUCAAUCCAAGUUGCCCUUGAUGAAGCGUACAUUCCCUUCACGAAGAAGCAGAAAUGUAGAGCUUGACCCUGCAUAAAGAGGCGAGCUCCUAGUGUACACAAAGCUGCGAUGCCUUCGGCGUACAACGGUGAACGGAUGUUUGUGUGAGACGGAGCAAACUCUUUUCUGUUGUACCAGCUUGGAACGCAGGCCGAGGUGCCAGGUUGCUCUUUGGAGGAAAUUCUAUCCAAAUGACAGAUACUCGCGACUAGACAUGGAAAUCUCGACCACGCGCUUAUUCAUACCAACUGUGAUUCACUAACAAGAGCAAGCUUUCGUCAAACUUAAGGGACGAGUCGCUUGUACUACAGAGAUAUGUAUUUCUGGCGACAUUAUCAAGAUAUAGCAAUCUUGUCAUUCAUGACGAGAGCCCGACAAGCAGAGAGUACUCGACGGUUGAUGAAGGUUUGUGAACAAUACCCGGGGUUCCAUCUCAAGACCGUCGCAGCUCGAUUGUUAAUGGCCUAAACGCAUCCAUUUCUCGGGGUUACCGGUUACUACUUACCAUAAAGACAAAGAAAGGAAACAAUUUGACCGUUUUCGAGUCUUUUGAUUGCUCAAGCAAUGUCUAUGCGCCCACCAUGACCAUGGCGAAUGGCACUUGCAACAAAGAGCUGGUUUCUUUGUUCUUUGAAUAGCAUCACAUCAAUCACCCGGCCCUACAGGUGCCAAUAUUGUGACAGACUACUAGAAAGAUUUCUUUAUGUCUGUUUAUGAAUAGAUAUCUCAUUAUCCUUUUCAAAGAAAAUCCAUCCUGUUCUGAUCUCUGUCCUGUCAACCUGUAACUCUCUUAUCACUCUGUGCCAACACCUGUAUUCUAGUUCGCUAUGGUAGCUUUGCGAGCAGCGGGGAAGCAGAAGGAGGGCACUCAACCUCUCUUCGUCCCUUCCAACGAUUACGCAACCUCCUACAGAUCCAACUUGUUCACCCCAGACAAUGGCAUCUUAGACCCUCAAGAUCUCGAACUUCUACAGCACAUCAACUGCUCCUACUUCUCGUCCGGCCGUCCUCCCACUCUUCUCGCCCUCAAGCAGCAUGCCCAGUCUCUCACCAACAUCAUCCGCAAGCUUGCUCCGUCUACCACCACUCGUCCUGUAGGCACAGGGGAUGUCGAUUCUAAAGGUUGGAUCUUCCAGAAGAACGAGGCUUUUGACUGGUUGAACAACCUCAACAGUCCGUAUGAGAACGAUGACCCGUUUCACCAUGAUCCUCUUUUUGCUCUUCACAAUGUCGUCAAGUCAGAGUCUGAAGUGCAUGGGAUCGAACAUCGUUGUCCUUUGACACAAGUUGAGGAUUUUGGUCCUUCGGCCAAGGAGGGAGAUAUCCGUCGUCCUUACAUGACACACCACGAUCUCAUCAUGCAUGCGAACGAGUGUCUUGAAAUCAUCGAUCAUGAGUACUCUUCUACUGGCGGCUUGAUGUCGAUUCUUCCAACUGGUUUCGAAGACCCCGAGGAUAAGAAAACGAACCAUCCUUUGAGAGAAUCGCAACUCGAAGCUGCUCGCAACUGCCUUCUUGGUCAAUGGAUUCUUCAUCAUCAGCAUCUUAUCGGUCGUAUACACGAACUCGAAAUCAACUACGCCAACGCUACCGACGUCCUGAAAGGAGAAGCCCUCGUCCCACAGCAGUUGUUGGGCCGUGCCGGUGCCGAUGGCGUCUCAGGGGGCCGUGAGAUUGUCUAUCCACAGGAUAAGUACAUCCUCGUGAACUGCGGCGAAGAUAUCAGAAGCUACAUCCACCGUCUUAUCGAUGUUGCCGAAGCACAGAUCGAACAGAAGGAGAAGAUCUGGAAAGCAAGCGGUGUGAUUGGCGAACGAAUCUGGAACGAGGAACGAGGCGGCAAAGUCUACGCCAAAGGCAUUGUCCCUAUAGAUCUUCUAACUCGCUUCUACCGCAUCAAGGGCAAAGGCCAUCAGUCUCCUCUCUUUGUCAUACCAGCAGCCGAGCAGCAUCCUGGCGUGAAGAGCACACGACUCAUGGAGGAGAGACCAACUGUGGUAUCUAUUGUGACUCCAACUUGGCCAGAGCGGGUGUCUGCCAUUGAGGCAAAGAACAAAGAGCGUCUAGAGAGAGCGGAUAAGCUGGUGUCUGAGAAUCAGUUCCUGGUUCGUGAGAUGGCUGAGCUGAAGGACAGAUUGGCUGUUCAGAAUUCAGAGAUCAAGCGCAUGACUGAUCAGUUGGCUUGGUAUGAAGAACACGCGGAGGUUGUGAGAAAGGAACCACAGGAUUAAGGGUCGAUUUUCUUUGUUGUCAAUUGACGUUCGGGUUCCGUCUUGGAGUUUGACGGACAAGAAGCUGGCCAGAUGGAGAAAUACAGUCCUAGAUGUGCCAAGUUUAUCAGCAUGAUAUUAUAGCCAUACAUUUAUUUCCAUCUGUUGGACAAUUCGCUCUAUUGAGCAUGCUGGGAACAGGCAGAAAUGCUACAUUAUCAUUACCUAGUCUAAUUCGCAAUCUAUGACCAUUUCACCCCGA